CGCUGCUGAUCCCCGCUUACUGUGUUGGUUUUCCUGGUGUUUCUGAUCAAUUCUCGUUUUGUUGGUGUCGAGUUCCAUCAAUUCCUCGACACUUUUGAUUGUUACGAGUUCUAAGUCGGAAUCUUCUUAUUCUUCCUUACAUUUCGAGCUGUUUGGUCAGGUUUUUCUCGCUUUCAAAUGGAGGGAAAGCUUGCGGAAAUCACCCUAUUGUUUCAGAAGUUUAAGGCUGCCUACGGAAAGAACGAUGUGGAUACCAGUGACAACAUUCUUUCUCAACUCAAGGUGAAGUUGACGGAGUUGCCUGGUCUUCCGCCUCUGUUCAAAUCGUCUCCAACAGCUGUGCAAGAGCUCCUUCUCGCAAGAGAUAUUUUUGAACAUGCUGUCGUUCUGAGUGUGAAAAUGGAGGAUCAGGAUGCAUUCGAGCGUCAUUUUCUUCAACUGAAGUCGUAUUACACCGAUACUAGGGGUUUGAUUCCUCCAUCAGAACAAGAGUAUCCUAUUUUAGGUCUUAACUUGCUCCGGCUAUUAGUUCAGAACAGAAUCGCGGAGUUUCAUACAGAGCUAGAGCUUCUACCAUAUGCAGCUCACGAUCAUAUUUGCAUAAAGCAUGCUUUCGAGCUGGAGCAGUCUUUCAUGGAGGGUGCUUACAAUCGUGUGCUGAGUGCACGUCAAGCUGUUCCACAUGAAACUUACGUGUACUUUAUGGACCUUCUUGCUAAGACUGUCAGAGAUGAAAUCGCAGGCUGUAGUGAGAAGGCGUAUGAUUCUUUGUCAUUGGCGGAUGCAAAGAAGAUCCUGAUGUUUGCAUCUGAUCGAGACUUGCAGGCAUAUGUACUGGAUGAUCAUCCUGAUUGGGAGAUUCGUGGCACCAGGGUGUACUUUCAAAAAGCCAAGGAACUUGCACCAUGCAAAGAGAUUCCUUCUCUUCAGCUGAUCAAUCAAACUCUAGGUUAUGCUAGAGAGUUAGAGCGUAUUGUAUAGAAUCAGGCUUACUGCCGCUCAAGUCUCUUAUAAACUUCCUUCUUUUCACCCAAAAGAAAAUUUCGAUGAGGUGACAGUUGCAUGCAUUUAUACGCUAAGUAUGAUUUAUACGUGCAGUAUGUUGUACUCGAAUGCAUGGCGCGUUAGUUGAUAGUUAACGUUUCUGAAUGUGAUAAUCUUCUCCACAGAAAAGUUAACCUCUACCUAGGCACAUCUUAUUCACUUCGAAGGAUUCUGCGCUCGAGA